CAAGCAACUAGCGCUGCCUACGCGACGGGCGGUGGGAAGAUGGCGGCCUCCAGCAGUAGCGGCGGCGGCGCCGGCAGCGGACUGGGCGGUGCCUGUAAGCACCACGCGCAGCUGGGCGUCUGCGAGUCUCGCGCAAAGUACCGGGAGGGACGGAGGCCGCGCGCUGUGAAGGUUUAUACUGUCAACUUGGAAUCUCGUUAUUUACUAAUACAAGGAGUUCCUGCAUUAGGUGUUAUGAAGGAAUUAGUCGAACAAUUUGCAUUAUAUGGUGCCAUUGAAGAGUAUCAUGCACUAGAUGAAUAUCCAGCAGAGCAAUUUACUGAAGUUUAUCUUAUAAAAUUCCAAAAACUGCAAUGUGCAAGGUUGGCCAAGAAAAAAAUGGACGAACGAAGUUUCUUCGGUAGUUUGCUGCAUGUGUGCUAUGCUCCAGAAUUUGAAACAGUCCAAGAAACUAGGGAGAAGCUGCAGGAUAGAAGAAAGUAUAUAGCCAAAGCAACAAAUCAAAGAGAUUGCUUUGUGUUAAAGAAAGAGAGGCCUGAGAAGACCGUCUCAAAGAACUCUGACUGCCCAUGGAGGACACCAGGACCAUGUACAACUGGUAACUGGGAUGCAUCCUGCUUUAUGGGUUCUCACAGGGUAUCCCAAAACACCAGUUAUCCACCUGGGAAUCAUAACCAGAGCUUGUUGACAUUUCCCCAGUAUGAUGACAAGUGUGCUGAAACUUCUGGGUACCGUGGUCAAAGCACAUUCCUAACUCCAAAUGUACAGCCAGGAGGACGUACUCCCCCAACUCCUCUAAUGCAGCAAAGAACGGUUCCGACUGACAAUGGAAUUGAUAGGUUUAUGCCUCGUACAACUCACCUGCAAGAACGUAAGAGAAAGAGAGAAGAAGGUAACAAGUUUUCCCUCAUUGGAACUAGUGCAGACAAUACUGAAGUCAUUAUUGGUCCACGGCUACCUGAAAUACCUAAAGUGGACAUGGAUGAUGAUUCACUGAAUACUUCAGCUGCAUUAAUUCGAAAUAAACUGAAAGAGGUUGCAGAUUCUGUUUCAACAUCAUCUGUGGAAAAGCCAGAGAGCAGCUCAGCCAAACCACUUGUAAAGCAGAGAAGAAGAAUAUAGAUACUGCUGGCAGCAUCUUCCAACAGUCAUUUUUUUAAAGUAUAUGGUUUAAAAUACAUUUUUUAUGUUAAAAAACCACUAUUUUUUACUGUAUUUCCAAGCAGUUCCCUGUUAAAAAUUGUAUCAAUUUGUUUCUUGGAAUGAACAAACCAGUAUAUUAAAUAAUAUAUAAAUAUGUAUAAAUCUCUGCCGCAUUGGAUGGUUUUAAGAUUCGGCUGGACAGGGUGCUGGGCCAUCUUGUCCAGACUGUGCUCUUCCUAGAGAGGUUGGACUAGAUGAUCCCUGAGCUCCCUUCCAACCUGGGAU